AAAGACACAGCAGACAGACAGAGGAAUCAGAGUCCUGCAGUGUUCGGUUUGGACAGACAUGCACAGAAUGGAUGGAUCCGCUUCAUAAAACACUUACUUGCUUCAGAAGGGACUUCAGAGAGAGUUGACAUGGAGGUUUAACUGGAGAAGCGUUGUCGCCCGCUCAGAAUGAAUCCAGAGUUUCUGGACUCGUCCAUCCAGAGCUGUCUGUCCGCCCUCUACCCACCGUUUGAGGUCACGGCCUCUACUGUUCUCAGCCAGCUCUUCCAGGUCAUCGAUGCUCAUUACCACGGAGACGCCCUUCAGUGUCUGACCGACUUCCUCAUCCCUGCCAGGCACCUUCUGGAGAGUGUGCAGCAGGCGGCCUGUGCUCCAUAUUCUCAGAGGGUGUUCAGCUGUGCUGGAUGGCCUUUGUGUUUAAAGGAUCGCAUCGUGAUCCAGCUUGCUCCCGUUGACCCUUUGCUGCUCAGACCAGGAGACUUUUACCUGCAAGUUGUUCCAUUUGCGAACCAGGACGCCCGCAUUGUGGUCCAGAGCCUUUUGGAGGUGGAGGAACGUGAGUUGGAGGAAACCCUAAUACCUGAGACAUCAUACCCAAGCAUCUUCACUGAAGCCUGGCUUCGGAAGCUCAACGACGGGAGACAUGGAACACCUCUGGCUCAUUGCAUCCUCAAAACCGAGCAGGGCAUAGUCAAAGUUCCCUGGGAAGAGGUGGCCAACCCUGAAUUUAAGGACAAUCAGAGUAUGGCCUCCUCGUCUCCGUCAAGCCAUCAGGAGUCUUUGAGUUUGUGCCGUCCACAUACACCUACCCCUUCUAGUUUCUCCGUUGAGACAAGGAUUUGUCCUGCGCGGGAUGGCAUAGCAGUGUCCUUGCGUUUGGUAGACAGCAGCAGUAGUUCCAGACACACUGAAAUGGAUCCAGCUCAGUCUGGGAUGCGGCCGGUGGGUUGGGUGUCUCCUAACACAUGGGACAGCAGAAGUAAGAGCAGUUUGGGAAGCAGUUGCAAAGCUCUAAUGGACCUUACCAAAGAAACCCAAGGAUAUUCGCAGACAUGGGCUCAAACUCAUACUCCUCUGCUGAGGUCCAGCAGUGCUACUCGGGACCGAACUGCUUGCAUGCGCACCGUGAGGUUUGCAGAGGAACCCUGUACGCCGUGCAUGCAGAGGAAACACGGACAAGGGACCAAAGUGCAAAAAUGUCGGUUCAUGGAAGCACCCAUUAAACCCAAAGAAAGAACUGAGCAUCCAAAUGAACCUGCUCAGGAAACUCCAGAUCAUUGCAGCUCCUCAGAAAAAGGUCUGUUAGGUAAUUACUCCAGCAGAGGGCAUAGGGAACAAUCCCAGAACGUUUCUCAGGACUGUUUUACUCCACCUGUAAUUGGGACGUCUGAGAAAUGCCACAUUGUUGUCCAAGGACAAACAAACGAGGUGGACAGAAGCAGCUACUUGGAAAUGAUCCCAAGACUACAUGUGGUUCCAGGGAAGAAGACCACCACUUUCGGACUUGUGUCUCCAAAGAUAAACAGACGACGAUUCGUGACUCAAGAUCUCUCUCAGGACCCAAAAACUCCGUCCCCUCCUGUUACUGGACCACGGAUAAAUCUUUCAGACGCCUCAGCGCAAGCUGAAACAGAGAGACCACCAUCCAGAUCAUCAACUCCUACUUCACUUACAGCUGAUGGCCUUCUUCACUCAGGAAUCAUGUGUCUUACAGGUGGUCGGGACCGUUCAGGCCGAGCAGUUCUGGAGAUUUAUGGAGAUCAUCAGGUCUGGACUUCUGCAGCGAUUUCAAGCCAGGAGAUCUGCAAACUCCUGUUGUACUUCCACACCAUCACUAGGAAAGAGAUCAAGGAUGUAGGGAUGACGGUGGUGUUUGAUGCACGUAAGAAGCCAAUGCUUCCAGAGUUUGCCAAAGCUCUGCUGAUGGUCCAGGAACAAGUUCCUCAUGCUGUGCACUGGAUUCUGCUGCUGGUGAAAAAGGAAAAUAGCCACAGUCAUGAGAAAAGGCCCGGCGUUGUGCAGAUUGAAACAGUGACGUCAUUUAAGGCUCUACAAAAAAUAGUGGACAUCAGUCAGUUAACUGCGGCUCUACACGGAUCCUUACCGUACAGUCACUGUGAUUGGCUACAAAUACAUCAGAAACUGUAUCCGUUUGUGUCAGACCUGCAAGAGGCGUCCGCUCUGCUAUCAGGAGCUAUAAAGAAACUGGAAGGUGUUCAUAAAAUCGACACAGUGCAGGAUGUGCAGCAGUGCAUGGAGGAGCAGGGAGCUCUAAUGAAGGAUGUGCUGGAAGACACACGAUUGGUCGGCUUGCAAAGGGGAGGCGGAGCCAUGCUGGCGAGGCUGAGGCGGGAAACUGAUGUGAGGUCGCCACACUGUGAAAAGAGCUGUGAAGUGAUUGACACGGUCACACACCUGUACAACGCCAUGGAGGAGCAGGUGCAUGUGCUGGCCAGGAAGUCCAAUAUGUCUCUGCAGCACCUGGACUUCCUGUUGCAGCUCAGAGAGAUGGAGUCUAGGUUCACAAAGAUGAAGGAAUGGUUCGACACAGAAGGAGAAGCGCAGCUCCUGCAGGCUCAAUCUGUGGACGACUCCAGUGAACGAAUCCAACAGACGCUGCAGAGUUUCGAAGCGUUUCUCUCUGAAGCAAAUGAGCGAAAGCAUCAGGCGAUGAUGCUGGUGUCGGAUGCGGAGAGCGUGCAGGGGCCGAACUAUCCCGAGACGGAGGCGUUUCACAGGAUGGUGUCCGUGUUUAAAUCCAGCCUGGCUGAUUUCGUGUCGCGGGCCGAGCGCUGCUGUGAAGAGCUGGGGACCAUGGUGUACAUCUGCCACUUCUGUGAGAGGGCUUCAGCCGUGGCCAGCGACUGCAGACGAUUUUUGGAACAGGAGCAAUAUUGCUGUUCCCCAGAUGAAGAGAGCUGGAGCCGUCUUCACGCUUACCUGCAGAGGUUAAACGAGUUUUCUCCCGAGCACUUUCAGGACGUGAGAGCGCAGGCGUGCUCCAGCUCCAGGGCUCUGCAGGUGUGGAACGCCGCCUGGAUCCACUGCCAGGAGGUCCGGCAGCGGCUGGAAGAGAGACUGGCGCUUCUGGAAGGAGCUCAAACACCUGCUGGAUGUGGCUCGGAUUGGCCGGAGAUGAUUCCAGUACAAGACGAGCAGGAGUUUGAGCCCGAUCCGUCGGAGAGCAGGGCGAGUCGAGCGAGAGACAGCAUGCACGGCACCGUCACCUGCUUCAACUUCAGAUCCAACCACAAAUCCCGGAGAGACUCCAAAACUGCACAGAGCGCAAAGGAAAAUCAGGCAGACUGUGGGCAAAGAGGCAGAAACGCCGGCAGAAGAGCAUCCCAAGACCAGAAGCCCGUCGCAGGCUCGGGUACGGUGGGCUGUCAGUGGUUCCCUUGGCAGGCGGCAGCGAACAGAAACAUCAGCAAGAGAUCCGAGCUCCACAUCACAGAGCCCAUCUUCUCACCGGACCCUCGCCACGGCAGCUUCUGCGGAGAGACCGACGGCGCCAGAGACGACUGGAGAACUGAUGGAGAAAACACUGCAUCCACCCCAGAGAGCCCAAGCAGAACCAUGAAGCUUCACCGCGUCAUGGAGGAGCUCCUGCUGACGGAGGUGGAGUACGUCCGCUCUCUGGGCUACAUCUUGACUCAUUACUUCCCGCUGUUGGCCAGACCCGACAUCCCGCAGGAUCUGCGCGGUCAGCGCGGACGAAUCUUCGGUAACCUGGAGAAACUGUACGACUUCCACUGCCAGCACUUCCAGCAGGAACUGGAGGCCUGUCAGGCAGAACCGCUGAGAGUCGGGCGCUGUUUCCUAAAUCACAGAGAGAGUUUUGGACUUUACGCACUUUACAGCAAGAACAAACCCCAGUCUGAUGCACUCAUUCAACAUCACAGAUACUUCAAGCGUAAGCAGAUGGAGUUGGGUGACAGCAUGGAUCUCUCCUCGUACCUGCUGAAGCCGGUCCAGAGGAUCAGUAAAUACAGUCUGCUGCUGCAGGAGAUCCUGGACGACUGUGUGCCGGAUCAGAGCGGGGAACGAGAGGAGAUCCAGGCGGCUCUGGAGGUGGUGCGAUUCCAGCUGCGGCACGGGAACGACCUGCUCACCAUGGACGCCAUCCGGGACUGUGAUCUGAAUCUGAACGAGCAGGGUCAGCUGAUGCGGCAGGAUGAGUUCUGGGUAAUUUUCCGUAAGAAACGUUCCAUCCGGAGAGUGUUCCUCUUCCAAGAUGUCAUCCUCUUCACCAAGACCAAAAAAAACGACCGUGGAGAUGAUGUGUACGUUUACAAACUGUCUAUCAAGACCUGUGAGAUUGGAAUGACCCACUCCUGCGGUCUGAGCGGACGGAGUUUCGAGAUCUGGUUCAGGAGGAGACGAUCCCAGGACACCUACAUCCUGCAGGCAGAGACACGGGACAUCAAGGAGGCUUGGACCAGAGACCUGGAGCACAUACUGUGGGAACAAGCGCUGAAGAGCAGAGAGCUGAGGAGACAGGAGAGGUUGUUCAUGGGAAUGGCUUGGAAACCUUUUGUAAACAUUCAGCCCAGAAAUGCAGCAGUCAACAAUCACUCCACGAACGGUGAUGUCACAGGAAGAGAAGUCGUAGGAAUUCUGAAAACUCCCAAUCCCUUGGUGUCCAGCCUUCAAAGGGGCGUGGCUCUGCCACGGCCUGAUUCUAUUGGCUCUGGCAGCAGCACAUCAACUGCAGGCAGCCACUCAUCAUCCUCGUCUGGGCGGGGCUCCAUGUCCCCGAGCGUUUUCCAAGGAAAAUACGACUCAUCUGCGGAGAACACAGGUUUAUUUAGCUGUGCGGAUCCUAACUGCCCCACAGGAAUGAGAGCGUCUGUGUCAUCAUUGGUUCACAGCAGAUCUUCAGCUCCUGCGGCGUGUCCGGUGUCUCCCGCUCUCCACAGCUCUCCGGCCCUGUCCAGAAAGAAGCUCAGUCCACAGACAGACGCUCACAGCGCUCUCAAGUGUCAGUUUCAAGAGCCGAUUCGAUCCAAGGCAUCAACAGAAGUUUAGCUGUGAUAGAGAAGCAGUUCAUUGACGUAAGAUCAGGUCAUGUGAUGCUCUAACCAGUGAAGUCAUCAGGAACCUCAAGUCAGAUGUGACAGUUUGGAACCACCUGAUGCAGAACAGAUAUCAGAUCAGAUUAUAGUAUAAAAGAAGAUAAAACAAGACGACCAGACCUUAUUGGUGGACCAGUCAUUUACUUCAUCAUCAGAACAGGCACAUUCGAGGAACUACGUGGACAUUUUCCUGUUCCCGUCUGUCAGUUCUGGAAAAAGAACAGAAACAUUCUGUUAAAGCCUGCCCAUUAUUUCGCAUGAAACAAUAUUUUUUUUGAUGAACUGUAAAUAAAAAUGCAUUUUAAAACCAGAUUGCAUAAGAAAACACAAUGUCUAAUAUUACAAUAACCAGGAUAUGAACUAAUAGCCAAAUUUGUAUCUGUGCCAUGAUCAUGAAACCACCUGCUAUGCUGUGCUUUGUACAUUUAACCAGUUCAAAAACCCCAGUAUAGUUUAAGGGGUUCAGGGAAUUUUGAAAAUACAUAUAAAUAAUUAAAAAACAAUUGCUUGAAAUUUCAUUUUGAUAAUUCGUUUAGACUGUCUAAGGGUUUUAUGUUUAUUUUGUGUACUGUAAUAUGCAGGAUGUCAGUACCUCACUGGAGAGACAAAACUGUAUUUUAUUAUUUAAACAAUUUAUAAUAAAUAAAAGAAGGUUAUUAUAA